AUGGCAGUCUCUUACUGUUGGGGUGAUGCAAACCAGAGGCUAGAAAUCACCUGCAAUAAGCAGACGUUAAACAUUACGACUAGCCUCGACUAUGCUCUCAAGCGCAUCUUUAAUUGGAGACCUGACCUCGUCCUCUGGGCCGAUGGAAUAUGUAUCAACCAGGAAGACCUAUCCGAGCGAGCUGCACAGGUAAAGCUUAUGGGAGCCAUCUACGGCAAGGCGCAGUCGACGGCAGCAUAUCUUGGCGAGGCGCUUGCGCCGGACGCCAAAGUGAACAGAGCGCCCGAUACAGAUCAGGCUGGGUUCGCGCUCAUGCUGCAGCUCAACGCGAUAUGGGGCGAGGAAGAAGCCCCUGAACAUCGAAACCACCAGAUUCGACCCGAGAGCGACUGGACUCAGAUGCAGAUCCCAGACUCGCAGACCAUCGACGGACUCAGGGUGUGGAUACCGUUGUUGCACUUGUGCUCGCAGCCCUGGUUUUCGCGCAGCUGGGUCUUACAGGAAGUUGCGCUGGCCAAAAAUGUAAUCGUUUUUUUCGGGUCUGCUGUCAACGGACUGGAGACAUUGACCCGGUUCUGGGGGCUGGCUACACGGCACGACCCGCCGAUGGCACUGAAGCACGGAUUGGUUGCCGAUUGGAAAGAUGGAAUUGUGAACUGGAACCAGCUCAAUGUGUUUGGCGAAUUGAAAAGCCGGAAAGAGGGGAGUGAAACUGGGAAGAAUUUGAUACACCAGCCAGGAAAUUUGGGUUUUGUGCUGGCUGGCCGGCGGCGCAUUUCACAUAGCCUCCUCGACCUCUUGGUGAAGAACCGCUCGGCUGAUGCGACAGACGACCGGGACAAAGUUUAUUCCCUCCUCUCACUAGCAGAUGAUACUGAAUGCAUGGACGUCGAGCCUAACUACUCCUCAAGUAAUCUGGCUCCAAAAUUGUAUCAGGACAUCGCAACAUUCUAUGUCAAAGCAGGACGAGACAUAGAUGUCCUGGACCAUGCUGGUCUGCCUCAGCGCCUGAACAACCUCCCGUCCUGGGUUCCCGACUGGUCCACGAAGUCCCGCCAGCCGCUGCGCUCGUCACAAUACCGCUGCACCCGUGACACUGUCUCGCACCUACAGUUGCUUUCCGACGGUUGUCUGCGAGUUCGGGGCGCAUUCGUUGACGCGGCUCACGUGUUGCUACACAAGCUCGACUUGCAACGACUAAAUCUCGUGAGAGACCUGGAAUCGCUAAAAGAAACCCGCAACAAGAUGUGGCGACUAGAGAAAGACGCGCUAUUGCCACCGCUGCCGUUCGAACCGGACCGCGAGCGAGCCUUUGGUGCCAUUGUGGCGCACGCGGAGCAGAUGGCUUUGAUGCUGCUGUCAUCGUACCCGACGCGUGAAAGCACCCGCUCCGCCGUGUGGCGAACCCUGGCGGCUGGCCGUGGGUGGUUGCGCCCCGACGACCCAGACGGUGAACGUCUCGCCCACGAAGCCUGGUGUAAGUCGCGGCCUGACCCCUUCGACAACGCCUGGUGGCCGCCACGCGGUCUCGAUGCCGCCACGCGCUCAGCUGUCUGGCCCUUCCAGACUGCAGUCCUCAAUGCAAGCCAGGGCUACCGCUUCGGAACAACCGCCUGCGGUUAUAUGGGUCUGUUUCCUAAGGAGUGCGAGGCUGGAGACCUCAUCGCUAUCAUUCCUGGGGCGAGCACUCCAUUCGUCAUGCGGCCAGGGCAAGCCGGUGCUCCGCUGACCCUCGUCGGCGACUGCUACAUUCAUGGGAUGAUGCGCGGAGAGUUGCUGAAACCAAGCCAUCAUGGCGACGUGCAAGAUACCCACCGUACUGACGUGCGAUAUCACAUCAGGCAGCGUGCUUGGAAUGGGGCCAGCACAGAAACAGUGAAACAGCCCCUGAGGCAAUAUUUCAAUCCCGACACGAGCAAGUCUGCACCACUUCGUGACAUAGACAUCAGAUGA